CAUGCGCAGACUGAGCCAUUUCUCGUUCAUUUGCCGAGAGGAGCAGGAAGAUGGCGGAUGGAGAUGCAUCUGCUAAGAAACAAAAGAAACACAAGAAGAAAUCUGAAGAAAGUAUUGGGGACAUCCAGCAGGUGACUGACUUUCUGAUCGCACCAGAAUCAAAGGCAGUAAAGUUAGAUACGUCUCAUUGGCCUUUGUUGUUGAAGAAUUUUGACAAGCUUAAUGUAAGGACAGCUCAUUACACGCCUAUUCCAAGUGGCUGUUCGCCCCUCAAGCGGGAAAUCACUGACUAUGUAAGGUCUGGAUUCAUUAACCUUGAUAAGCCGGCAAACCCAUCCUCGCACGAAGUGGUGGCAUGGAUACGCAGGAUUCUACGGGUGGAAAAGACCGGUCACAGUGGAACGCUGGAUCCUAAAGUUACGGGCUGUCUAAUUGUGUGCAUAGAACGAGCAACUCGACUAGUUAAAUCCCAACAGAGUGCUGGCAAAGAGUAUGUGGGAAUAGUUCGGCUGCACAAUGCUAUUGAAAGUGAACUUCAGCUUAGUCGGGGCUUGGACAUGCUGACAGGCGCUUUAUUCCAACGUCCUCCCUUGAUUGCUGCUGUUAAAAGACAAUUAAGAGUCCGGACCAUCUAUGACAGCAAAUUAAUUGAGUAUGAUCCAGAGAGGCGACUGGGAGUCUUCUGGGUGAGCUGUGAAGCAGGAACGUAUAUCCGAACAUUGUGUGUCCAUAUUGGACUGUUACUUGGUGUUGGCGGUCAGAUGCAGGAGCUGCGAAGGGUACGAUCUGGAGUAAAUGGAGAGAAGGAUAACAUGGUAACAAUGCAUGACGUGUUGGAUGCCCAGUGGCAAUAUGACCACAACAAGGAUGAGACCUAUUUACGUCGAGUCAUCAUGCCCCUUGAAAAGUUGAUGGUGACCCACAAACGGAUAGUUAUGAAGGAUAGUGCGGUAAAUGCUAUCUGUUAUGGUGCGAAGAUCAUGCUCCCUGGUCUGCUAAGGUAUGAAGAUGGGAUUGAGGUGAACCAGGAAAUCGUUAUUAUUACAACAAAGGGAGAAGCAAUUUGCAUCGCUAUUGCUUUAAUGACAACGGCAGUGAUAUCUACAUGUGACCAUGGUGUGGUGGCAAAGAUCAAGCGCGUUAUCAUGGAGCGGGACACGUACCCACGUAAGUGGGGCCUGGGGCCGAAGGCAUGUGAAAAGAAAAUGAUGAUCAAACAGGGUUUGCUAGAUAAGCACGGCAAGCCAAAUGGAAGUACUCCUGAGUUGUGGAAGAAGAGCUAUGUAGAUUACGUUUCUGGAAAUCAAGCACCUAGCAGUGUAGAAGCUAGCAAUGUGGCACAAAGCCAGGCAGUGAAGCGAAAGAGGGGAAGUGAAAGUGAGAGUGAUGAAUCAAUGCCAUCCACCCCUGCGAAGCCAAAAUCCCCAACAGAGCUGAGUAAGAAAGAAAAAAAGAAAAAGAAGAAAGAGAAGAAGCAAAAGUUACUUGAGGAAGCAGAGAUAAAAACUGAAAAAAUUGAUCCAGUACCUACAUCAGAAACACAAGAGUUCAUUCCAGAGGUCAAGAAAGAAAAGAAAAAGAAAAAAGAAAUGGAAAUUGGAGAGCCUGUGACUGGAGAGACUGAAAGCUCCAAAAAGAAGAAAAAGAAAAAGGAAAAAGAAAAGGCUGCAACAUGCGAUUACUGACAAGACUUGAAUUUUGGACUGACUUAGCAGAGAGGAGGUGGCUCUUGCAGGGCCAGUGUGACGAGUAUUGCGUUACUUUCCUUCCCAGCCAUUAGAGGUCUUCAGUUCACGCUGUUUAAAUGACCUUCAUGCUUAAACUUUGCAGUUUUGUAGCUAGGAUUUGUUGGCUCAUUCAAUACACUAUCCUGUUUUAAGGAUAAUAGUCAAAAUUUAUUGAUGCACUUUUGUGCAGUAUGUUAAUGCUGUAAGAAUGGUGUACUUUGUGGAAAGAGUAUCCGGGUAAUCUUAACUUCCAGUGACUGCGUAGCAGUGAACGUUUCCUCUUGGGAAUAUUUUGUAUGUGCCAUCCCCUUUGCAAAGGGGAGGGGGGCUACUUUUCUGCAGUGAGAGUACCUGGGCAAUCUUGAUUCUCAGUGACUGCAGAGCAGUGAAAUUUCCUACUGGGAAUAUUUUGUAUGUACCAUUCCCUUUGCAAAGGGGAACUGUUUUUUUAAAUGUCUAAAGCAGCAGUGGACACAACAUGGAACCUGACGUCUGCAGAAUGCUGUUACAAACCAGCUUAAGAUUUUGGUGAAGUUUGGGAAAAGAUAUGGGUUAGUGUUAUUUGGCUCAGAUGCUUUCCUAUUUGUGUUCCUUUGGUUUUUGUGAAGUUUAAAUCCUUCGGAGAUUGUAACAGGCUACUAUCUCUGCAUAUGCUCAGGGCACGUUCACCAAAUAAUAGAAACUGCAACAUGAUGACUUCAGGAAUGUGUUGCCUAGAGUGGAAUGAAUUUGCAAAGUACUACCAAUGUGAAUAUUUCAGUUAUUUUUAUAUUGGGAAUCUAGGUUCCUGUAUUAGUUAUUGUGUAUAUUGUAAUAAAUCUAAACACGUCUUUGGGGGCAUCCAGUAAACUUGUCUUGAUGUCCAUGUUUAUGGGUUUUGCCCUCGUUUAACUGUACAGACUUGACUGAUUAUUGUAACAGGCCUGGUCAUUUUUAAAAUAAAUGGCUCCUUUCUACUUACUGGGCUCAUUUCUGUCCAUGAUAUCGCUGUGUAAGGACCUUAUUUAUGCAUUUGGCAUUUAGGAUGCAUGCAUAUUUUAAAUAGAGUAUUUUUAAAGUGUUCCCAAUUUUUCUACGAAAAGGCAUGUAAGAAUGGCCUCCUACAUGCUAGAACAAAUUUGGAAAUUGGGUUGAAAUGAAUAUGAAAAAUAGCUGAAUGAAUUUCUGGAAUUCUGAAGUAAAAGUUCUGGAAAAAAAUGCUGAAAUUGCAAUGGUUACUGUUGAGAUAAGUAUCCACAAUAUGUAAAAGAGCCUGUCGACCUACUUAACUCAGGAAAAGGGUGUUUAAUAGGAUGCAGAAGGAAUACACCAGGUUUUUGUCUAUAUGGAGUAUUUGUUAUGGGAUUUAGUAUUUUCCUCUCCAGUGAACAUUAAUGGAGAUAGAUUUCUGGGGUACAGAUGGGGUAGACUGCAGGAAAUGUAAACUACAAUACAGAUACAAUUGGGUUUCUGGGGGUUAAGAUAUAUGCCUUUGGAAAGAAAAGUUGAUAAUAGCAUGACUGGGAGAUCAUGCCCCAAAUUUUUUUGGAGUAAUGAAGAAUGGUGAUGUGUUUUAUUAUGAACCAGUAAGGCAUACGAUUUCACACGUUAGAAUGCUACGGAAAGUUACUUUGUGAGAUUCAGGAAGAGUUGGCCUUAGUAGGGUGAUGGAAGUUUGUUUAUUGGACUGGAAGCCUGUGUUGAGUGGUGUGCCUGAGCAGUCAGUGCUCGGCCCAUUGCUGUUUGCCAUCUAUCUCAAUGACCUGGAUGACAAUGUACAAUGCUUGGGAAGUUAGCAGAUGACUCUUAAGUGGUGUUGAUAUUGGGAAUUGGAGGGAUCUUAGUCACAGUGUUGCAGGUAAACUCAAUGAUGAAUAAGGCUUUUAGCGUGCUGACCUUCAGACAGGGCACUGAGUAUAGAAGUUAUAAUUUUUUUGUUGCAGUUGUACAAGAUCUAAGGCUGCAAUAAUCAGUCAAGGAUUGAUGUUUUCAGUUUUGUCACCUUGCUAAAGGAAUGAUGUAAUUAAGUUGGAAAAUUGUGGAGAUUUGUGAGGAUGUUGCUAGGACCUGAGUUAGGGAGAGAGAUUGAACAAGUGGAGACUUUAUUCAUUGGAGAGUAGGUGGAUGAAGGGUGACCUUGGGUGUAAAAAAAAAUCAUCAAGGACAUGGGUAAAAUGAAUGCAGUUUUUUUUUUGCUCAGGGUGGGGGGGAGGAGAAUUGAGAUUUAAUAGGAAAAUGAGGGACAACCUCACUCGGUGUUCUGUAUAUGGAAUGAGCUGCCAGGACAAGUGGUUGAGGCAAAUAUGUUAACAUUUAAAAGAUACUUUGACGACUACAAGGAUAAUAAAAGGUUAGAAGAAUUUGGACCAAAUGCAGGCAGAUGGGACUAGGUUGAUGUCUUGAUUAACAUGGACUGUUUUGGCCCAGGGGCCUGUUUCCAUGUUUUAGACUCCAGAGGGUAAAGAUUUAGAGGAAUUUUGAGGAAAUGUUUCACCCAGAGAGGCAGGUACUUGGAAUACACUGUUUGAGAAUGGGGAAACAGUAUUCAAAUGUCUAGACAACUGCUAGAUGAUCAGCUUAAUCAGGAUG